AUGCCAGCCCUAUCACCAUCUAUGGAGACUGGUACUAUUGUGGAAUGGAAAAAGAAGGUUGGAGAUCUUGUGAAAGAAAAUGAAGUAUUCUGUACUGUACAAACCGAUAAGGCAGUGGUGGAUUACACCAAUACCUUUGAUGCAGGAUAUCUCGCAAAGAUUAUUCACAAGAAUGGAGAAACUGUUCCAGUUGCUAAAACUAUUGCUGUACUUGUGGACAGUGCGGAAGAUGUUGCAAAGGCCGAUGAGUACGUCUGUGAAGAUGAAGCGGCAGGAGGUGAAACAACAACAACGCAGGAAGUGAAAUCAACAGAAACAGCUGCAGCAUCACCUGGAAAGCCAUCGGGAUCUACAUCUGAGCCACCAGAAGGUGUGGACAUUCUUUCAAUCUUUAUGCCAGCCUUAUCACCAUCUAUGGAGACUGGUACUAUUGUGGAAUGGAAAAAGAAGGUUGGAGAUCUUGUGAAGGAGAAUGAAGUAUUCUGUACUGUACAGACUGAUAAGGCAGUGGUGGAUUACACCAAUACAUUUGAUGCGGGAUACCUCGCAAAGAUUCUUCACAAGAAUGGAGAAACUGUUCCAGUUGCUAAAACUAUUGCCUUGAUGGUGAGCAAUGCGGAGGAUGUCGCUAAAUUAGCGAAUUACUCCCCUGAAGGCGCUGAGACUGCGGAAUCUUCUCCCUCAACAACAACAACAACAACAACAACAACUGCCAAGACUUCUACUACUACUACUACUACUACUAGUACUAAUACUCCAAAGGGGGAUGUUAAACUCUACGGUGGUUCACUCGAUGAGGCUAUUGCAGCUAGUGGUCCAGGUGUGAUGCGUAUUGCCGCCCGGCUUGACCGCAAGACAUUAGAAUCCAUCACCCCUACUGGCAGAGGAGGCCGUUUUUGUAAAAGUGACUUUGCUGGACUGCCGGGAUUUAACUACGAGGACGCCAGUCCACCACCACCAGCAACAACAACAACAACAGCAGGAAAAACAACAACAACAGGAACAUCUUCUCCUUCGGCUACACCCGCAGGUGCCCCAGUUGUGGGUGCGGCAGCUACUGUAGUGGUGAUGUCCAAGGUAUUCCCAGUGUACAAUUUCAAGAUCUCUGAUACUGCACUGUUGCAGCAACUCAUUCGCACAAUGCCGCUGCCGAAACCAAAAAAGGUUAAGGAAGGCAAAUAA